AUGUCAACAUCUAGUCCGCAUAAUGACCAUCUCUCGCCAACCACACACUCGCUCUGCUCUCGCUGUCAUCAACUGCUAGGCAAUCGACUCGUUCGCGCAUUGGACGGCACUUUUCAUCCUGAAUGCUUUACUUGCAUGGAUUGCAAUGCGCCUGUUGCAGCAAAGUUCUUCCCUUACAAACUCGACAAUGGACAGACAUUACCACUAUGUGAACGCGACUAUUUCAAACGACUCGGCCUUGUAUGCGACCGUUGUCACGAACCACUGAGAGGACCCUAUAUCAUUGCACUCGACAAAAAGUUCCAUACCGACCAUUUCACAUGCAGUGUUUGCUCUACGACUUUUGGCCCUGAUGAUUCCUAUUAUGAGCAUGAUGGCAAAGUUUAUUGUCAUUUUCAUUAUUCAACUCAAUUCGCUGUGAGCUGCUCUGGAUGUCAAAUGGCUAUUCUCAAGCAAUACGUCGAGAUUGAUCGCAAGGAUACUACUGAACAUUGGCAUCCAGAAUGCUAUAUGAUACACAAGUAUUGGAACGUCAGAGUCGCCAAUCCCACAUUACGAGAAAAAGACGCCAUUGUACAUCAUGAGCGGAAGCCAAAGAAUCAUGCAGAGUUGGUGGAACGACAACGCGAAAUGGAGGAAAAGGUGUAUCGGAUUUGGACGGUGCUUUCUGCUUUUGAAGAAUCGUCUGCGGUGUGCAUUUCCGAAAUGUUAUUGCAUGUUUCCAACGGAUCAUAUGUGGAAGGUGUAUGCCUCUCUGAACGGUUCCUCGUACACGUCGAAGCCCUCUUUCUUGGAGUUGAUGAAUUAGACAAGAUACACCAUGAAUAUAGACAAACAGAAUUCAAGUAUACACGAGAGGCCAAGAUGCUUUGCAAAAAGAUCAUCAACUUUUUCACGUUACUCUCCAAGACACAAGAGAUGAGGAGGUUGGGCAUCACACAAGAGUUGUUAUCGUUGGUCACUGGAUUGGCACAUUAUCUCAAAAUAUUGAUCCGAUUGGCACUUACAACAGCCUUGAAACUGGAAUUGGCGCUGGAUCGACCAGUUGCAGUGUCUCGACUACUUGCAAAGUUGAUGGAGGUUGCUGGAAAAGAAAGCUACAGCCGCGACAGCCAGCGUUUGAUCAAGGCGAAGCCGACAUCUGAUCUUUGCCACGUUUGCAAGGUUGCGGUGGAGGAUGAAUGUAUAAAGUACGGCGAGUAUCGAUGGCACAAGGGAUGUUUCAGCUGCCGUCAAUGCAAAAAGUCGUUGUCCUCGGAUUUGUCCCAUGCCACGUUUAGCUCAGCUGCCCAAUCCGUGCUUUGUACUCAAUGUGCCGGUGUCAGGAACAAUGAUGCUCCAUCGGAUAUGUUUGAAUACGUUUCAAGGCUUACCCAAUUUGCAUAUUUGCUACGCGUGGCAUUGAGUCGUCUAUGCAGCUAUUUGCAAAUCACAGAUGCCCAAUUAUCAUCCGUGGACUUUUCGAUCAAGAUGCGACCUUAUUAUUCCAAAGAUACAGGUGCCAGCACAAAUCAAGUAUCAAGGCUUGCAGUGGAAGAUGGCAAAGAAUAUCCAACUCAGAUUACCGAUGCCAGGAAUGUGCCAACCACCGAUCUCAAUCGCAAAGUAUCGAGGUCCUUCAAAACAGCCAAACGCAACACAAUUCUCGGCAACGUGGAUACAACACAAAAAGUGUCAACAACAAUACCCGAAGAUACAGCCAGCCAUACCCGACCUGUACCUACACGCCAGGAUAGCCUCAAUCGACCCAUUGAUCAACACAAAGUCCUUCCACCCUUACCGCAGGAUGAUGAUAAUCGACCACAACAACAGGAUUACAGCAAAAACAAGGGCAUUCGACUUGAUGAUGUACCUCAAUUUGCAAAGACUGUGACAGAGCGGCCUUCAAGCACAGCACCACCACCAUCAUCGAUGAUGACAGCUCAUAUCAACAUCAACAGUGCUACCGGCAAACCACGUGUAUACCUUUCAGAGUUAUCGGCAUUGCAAGAUAUGAUCAUUCGCCACGUUGCUGUUGUACAAAUCGAGUCCUAUGUGCGCGAUCAUUUCACCCCAAGCGAGCUCCUCCAUCUUAUUGAGAACAAAAAAGCGUCCAUUUGGGAAAAGCUGUUUUCAUCGAUUAUGCAUGGCAACAAAAAGGCCAACAAGGGCAAAGAGGUUGGCACAUUUGGUGUAUCAUUGGACAUCUUGACUGAAAGAACGGGUGUGGAAUCCAAUCUUGGAGCUUCAGCAUCGCCUGUACGGGUAGCGGCCUUUAUUGAUGACUCUGUUACGGCUAUGCGGCAAAUGGACAUGUCGGUGGAAGGCAUCUUCCGCAAGAAUGGCAAUAUUCGACGAUUGAAGGAUGUCAGUGAUCGACUCGAUAGGAAUCCUCAAGAAGUGGACUUGUUUUCUGAAAAUGCGAUCCAAAUUGCUGCACUCCUCAAGAAAUUCCUUCGCGAGUUACCAGAGCCCUUGUUGACCUAUAAAAUGCAUGGUCUCUUUACCUGCGCACUCAAGUUGGAUAAUCCUUCCGUGUGUAAGCGAGUACUUCAGCUGGCGUAUUGCAUGUUGCCUCGCGUCAAUCGGGAUGCUUUGGAGGUGCUAUUUUUGUUUUUCCGAUGGGUGGCAUCAUUUUCACACGUGACAACUGAAGUCGGCAGCCGUAUGGAUAUACCCAAUCUCGCUCGUGUUAUUGCACCCAAUAUCCUCACCACCAACCACAAGGAUCCUCUCAAAGAUGAAUCAUUCACUGCCAUUCGUGUGGUGGAGAUGAUGCUUGAGUCGUUUGACGAGUUUUGUUUGGUGCCUGAAGACCUUGAAGCCUUUUUACAAGAUCCCGUAUUGGCCAAAGAAGGAACGGAUUUUUCAUCAAAGGACUUUUUAAAGAAAGUCGAGAGAAUUAUGAAACACAGCAACUCAUCCUCUACCAUGACAGCAUCCUCCUCUUCUGCAGCGUCAUCUACUCACGACGUGCGAUAUCACGAAUCACAUCACCAUCACCACAACCACCAUCAUCACCUCCAUCAUCAUCAUUCACAGCCAUCUCACACUAACCCCACUUCAAUUUACGCUCAAGAAGGUUACUUGCCUUAUCCCAAUCAACAUCCAACAUCCGAUUUUCGUCCUGCUCAGUUUGGUAUGCGACAAUCCAGCUUAGCUCACAAUAGGACAGCCACAGCUGAUCACUAG